AUGGCCUCUCCUCAGCUCCAGAUCGGCACCGGCGGCGCUCACACCCAGCCCUCGCUCCCCUCGCUGCCUGCCCACCUCCAAUCCGACACUCACAUCACCGCACAUCUCGCCAGUCGGUUUCAUGUGAACAUACCGACCGCCCGCCUCUCCUCCCACGCCCUCAUCUCCCUCAAUACCUAUACCUCGUCAACCAAGGGUAGCGAUGGCACGAGAGAGGGCAGCGCCAUGGCCGGUGCCGAGGACAUGGCAGACAGGGCCUACCUCAGGCUGGGGCAUCGUGCCGAGAAUCAGGCCGUUUUGUUCUUGGGUGAAUCUGGCUCCGGCAAGACGACGAUUCGAUCGCAUCUCCUGACGGCACUCCUCAAUAAGACCUCCACCCCGCUGUCCAACAAGGUCUCUAUGGCUGCCUAUGUCUUCGACACUCUGACCACGACCAAGACAGCAACGACACCGACGGCAUCCAAGGCUGGUCUCUUCUACGAGCUGCAGUACGAUACCUCGGCAUCGACCCGUCCACACCUGAUCGGUGGCAAGUUGCUCGACCACCGGCUGGAGAGAAGUCGUAUAGCCGAUGUUCCACCCGGCGAGCGGAAUUUCCACAUCCUAUACUAUUUGCUAGCUGGCACGAGCGGCGCUGAGAAGACCCAUCUCGGCCUGGACCAACCCGGGACUGGCUUGAAGCGUUGGAGGUACCUGGGCCACCCGACACAGCUGAAGGUCGGCAUCAAUGACGCCGAGGGCUUCCAGAUGUUCAAGACCGCCCUGCGGAAACUCGAGUUUCCCAGGGCUGAUGUGGCCGAGAUUUGUCAGAUUCUGGCUUGUAUCCUUCACAUCGGACAGCUCGAGUUCGAGACCUCCAACAACACCACCGCAACAGGUGACGACAGCGGGGGCUUCUCUCACGAAGGUGGAGAGACCUCCACCGUCGUGAAGAACAAGGACGUACUGGGGAUUGUGGCGGCCUUCCUGGGUGUCAGCCAGCAAGAUCUGCAGACCACCUUGGGUUACAAGACCAAGAUGAUUCACAAGGAGAGGGUCACAGUCCUGCUGGACCCCGCUGGUGCUCGAUCGAAUGCCAACGAGUUGGCCCGGACCCUGUACUCUUUGCUUGUUGCCUGGCUCAUCGAGGCCAUCAACCAGAAGAUCUGUGUCGCCGAGGAGUCCAUCGCCAAUACCAUCUCCAUUGUCGAUUUCCCGGGGUUCUCCCAGCAGUCUUCCACAAACUCCGCGUUGGAUCAGCUCUUGACCAACGCCGCGACCGAGGCGCUGUACAACCUCACGCUCAAGAACUUCUUCGACAACAAGGCUGAACUCUUGGAGACCGAGGAAGUGUCUGUGACGGCAACGAGUUACUUUGAUAAUUCCGAUGCCAACAAGGGCCUCUUGAAGCCUGGCAACGGCCUGCUCAGCAUUCUCGAUGACCAAACCCGCCGCCACCGCACUGAUAUGCAGCUGCUGGAGAGCCUGAGGAAGCGGUUCGAGAACAAGAACCCCGCCAUCUCGGUCAGCUCUGCAACCGCCAAGCUGCCGGGCAGCAACUUCUACACCGAGAACACAGCUGCGACCUUCACUGUCCGGCAUUUUGCAGGGGAGGUCGAGUAUCCCGUCAAGGGCCUGGUGGAGGAGAAUGGUGAGGUCAUCUCCGGUGACCUCCUCAACCUCAUCAACUCGACCAAGAGUGAGUUUGUUGCUCGCCUGUUUGGACAGGAGGCCCUGCAGACUGUGGUCCACCCCCACGAGAAGACAACCGUCAUGCAGGCGACCGUCAGCUCCAAGCCUAUGCGUGCGCCGAGUGUCAUGUCGAGGAAGGGUCGCCCGCGUCCGCGUCUCGGCGGCUCUCGGCGUGAGGCCUCGGAGAAGCCUGACGAGGACGGCAGUGAGCAUAAGCGCAGCCUUCGCCAUAGCGAGCAGGGUGCUUCUGGGCAGUUCUUGUCUGCCCUCGAGAAUGUCACCAAGUCCGUCACUGCGCCUGGCACCAACCUGUACUUCGUCUUUUGCCUGAAGCCCAACGAUAGGCGCAUCGCCAACCAGUUCGACAGUAAAUGCGUCCGGACACAAGUGCAGACCUUUGGGAUUGCUGAGAUCAGCCAACGCCUCCGCUCUGCAGACUUCAGCAUCUUCUUGCCCUUUGCUGAGUUUCUCGGCAUGGCCGACGCUGACACCAUCCUCGUCGGCAGUGAGCGGGAGAAGGUCGAGCUUGCCGUCGAGGAGAGGCGCUGGCCGAGCAACGAGGUGCUGCUCGGCUCCACCGGAGUGUUCCUCAGCGAACGUUGUUGGUUGGAGGUGUGCAACCUGGUCGAGGCUGACUCUACUCGGCUCGGCCUGCCCUCUGAUAAUAGCGAGUCCCUCACCCCGGGUAUGAGUCCGGGCGAUCCAUUUGCUGCCUCGAAGGAACGGUUGCUUUCUGCGAGCAACACCCCUGGGUAUCAAGACAAGCACAAGUCGGGUUACUUUGGCAGCAACGAGAUCGAUGCUCGAUCGGAAGCGGGCGCGUCUGCUUUCGGAAACGGCGACAUGUUCAAGAACCUCGAAACCCGCGAGGAAAUGGCGCAGAGGAGCAAUGAAAAGAACAUGGAGGAAGUCGAGGAGUUUAGGGACAGCGGCAGCCGAAGACGGUGGAUGUUUUUCGUCAUGUUGCUGACCUGGAUGGUCCCCGAUUUCCUCAUCCGUGUCCUCGGUCGCAUGCCCCGAAAAGAUGUCCGGCAAGCCUGGAGGGAGAAGCUGGCCAUUAACAUGAUUAUCUGGUUCAGCUGCUGCGUGGCCGUAUUCUUCAUUAUUGGUCUGCCCUUGGUCAUCUGCCCCAAGCAGUACGUCUACAGCGCCUCGGAACUCACUGAGUACAACAGCAAAGAAGGAAAGGGUGCCUAUGUCGCGAUUCGCGGCAUCGUCCUUGACCUGAACUCGUUCAUGCCCAAUCACUACCCCAACAGCGACAUGAUCUCAGACACGACCAUGAAGAAGAUGGCCGGAGAGGAUAUCAGCAGCUUGUUCCCCGUCCAGGUGUCGGCCAUGUGUCAAGGUACAAGCAGCGCAGGUGUCAACGAGGCCGUGACGCUACUGGUCACUCCGGAUAACAGCACAUCGACCGACAUAAGACUGCUGUACUCCAAGUAUCACGACUUCCGCUACUUCAGGAACGAUAGCCGGCCUGAUUGGUUCUCGGAACAGAUGGAGUAUCUCCGGUCGAAUUACAAGAAGGGCAACAUUGGUUACACGGCGACAUACGUCAAGAAGAUGGCUACUGAGGGCAGCUCAGUCGCCAUUAUCAACGACCGCAUCUACGACAUGUCUGACUACAUUGCUGGCGGGCGCACCCUGAGGGCACCUCCUGGCGUCUCACCACCAACCGACACGAGCCUCCUCGACUUCAUGGACAACCUUGUUGUGCAGCUGUUUCAGCAAAAGGCUGGAGAAGAUGUCACCAAGAUGUGGAACGCCCUGGCCUUUGACACGGAGAUGAGACAACGCCAGAAGCUGUGCUUGGACAAUCUCUACUACAUUGGCGAUGUCGACACGAGGAACUCGGUCAAGUGUCAAUUCGCCGAUUAUCUGAUUCUUGCCGUCUCCGUCCUUCUCUGUGCCGUUAUCGGCUUCAAGUUCUUCGCCGCCCUGCAAUUCGGAGGCGGUGGUAUCCCUGACAACCUGGACAAGUUCAUCAUCUGCCAGAUCCCCGCCUACACAGAAGACGAGGACUCGCUCCGCCGUGCCAUCGACUCUGCCGCCCGUAUGAAAUACGACGACAAGCGGAAGCUGCUGGCCGUCAUCUGCGACGGUAUGAUUAUUGGACAGGGCAACGACAGGCCUACACCGCGAAUCGUGUUGGACAUCCUUGGUGUGUCGGAGAGUGUCGACCCCGAACCCCUAAGCUUCGAGUCUCUGGGUGAGGGUCUCAAGCAACACAACAUGGGCAAGGUUUAUUCGGGUCUGUACGAGGUGCAGGGCCACAUCGUCCCCUUUCUGGUCAUCGUCAAGGUUGGCAAGCCAUCUGAGGUUUCUCGUCCUGGCAAUCGUGGCAAGCGAGACUCGCAGAUGGUCCUCAUGCGCUUCCUCAACCGCGUUCACUACAACCUGGCGAUGAGCCCCAUGGAGCUGGAAAUGUACCAUCAGAUUCGGAACAUCAUCGGAGUAAACCCAACCUUCUACGAAUAUCUGCUGCAGAUGGAUGCAGACACCGUCGUGGCGCCUGACUCUGCGGGCCGUUUCGUUUCUGCUUUCCUGGACGAUAUGCACCUCAUUGCGGUGUGUGGCGAGACAGCCCUCACCAAUGCCAAGGGCUCCUUCGUCACCAUGAUUCAGGUGUAUGAGUACUAUAUCUCGCACAACCUGGUCAAGGCUUUUGAAAGCUUGUUCGGCUCUGUCACUUGUUUGCCCGGUUGUUUCACCAUGUACCGCAUCCGCGCCGCUGAGACCGGAAAGCCGCUGUUCGUCAGCAAGGAGGUGGUCGAGGCGUACUCUACCAUUCGUGUUGACACGCUGCACAUGAAGAACCUUUUGCACCUGGGUGAGGAUCGGUACCUCACGACGCUGCUCCUCAAGCAUCACUCCAGGUUCAAGACCAAGUACAACAUGAAGGCGCACGCCUGGACGAUUGCCCCCGAUUCAUGGGCUGUGUUCCUGUCCCAGAGACGUCGCUGGAUCAACUCAACAGUACACAACCUCGUGGAGCUUAUCCCCUUGAACCAGCUCUGCGGUUUCUGCUGCUUCAGCAUGCGUUUUGUCGUCUUCAUGGACCUCUUGACCACGGUCGUGCAGCCAGUGACCAUCGCUUACUUUGUAUACCUGAUUGUGCUCGUCGUGACCAAAUCCACGGUCGUGGGCACAACGGCCUUCAUUAUGCUGGGUGCCAUCUACGGUCUGCAAGCCAUCAUCUUCAUUGUCCGCCGCAAGUGGGAGAUGAUUGGCUGGAUGCUUCUGUACAUCUGCGCCGUGCCCGUGUACUCGUUCGGUCUGCCGCUGUACUCGUUCUGGCACAUGGACGACUUCAACUGGGGUAACACGCGUGUCGUCGCCGGCGAGAAGGGCAAGAAGGUUGUCAUCUCGGACGAGGGCAAAUUCGAUCCGGCCUCCAUCCCCCGGAAGAAGUGGGAAGAGUACCAGGCCGAGCUCUGGGACGCCCAGACCGCCCGCGACGACGCCCGCUCCGAGAUCUCCGGCUACAGCUACGGUACCAAGGCUGGUCCCAAUGUCGGCGUCUCCGAGUACGGCUGGGGCGGCUUCCCGCCCUCUCGCCCUGGUUCUGUCGUCGGCUACCCUCACAGUCCGUACAACAACGGCUCCGGUGACCUCCACACGCCGCUGGCAGGCACCCAGAGCCGUCUCAGCUUUGCGGCCAGCGACAUGCUCGGCGGCGGCGGCGGCGGCGGCGGCGCCAACAUGGCUAGCCGCACGAGCCAGUUCGGCGGCAGUCAGUUCUUUGGCAGCAGCCAGAACGAGCUUGAGAUGAGCAACCUCGCCGGUAUGCCGAGCGAUGACGCGCUGCUGGCCGAGAUCCGCGAGAUCCUGCGCACAGCAGACCUGAUGACUGUCACGAAGAAGGGUGUCAAGCAGGAGCUCGAGAGGAGAUUUGGCGUCCCGCUUGAUGCUAGGAGGGCGUACAUCAAUUCUGCCACGGAGGCAUGCUUGUCUGGUCAACUGUGAACGCACCCUAUUUUGGGACAUGCUGCUUUGGAUAUGACAUGAAAU